CGCGCCUCCAUGGACUCUGACGUGUUCCUCGGCGUCGGCCAGUUAUCGUCGACCAGGCUCCGGCUGCCGUGGCCUUGGGGAGAACGACGGAGCGGCUGAGGAGCGAGCGCUGGCCCGGUUCCGAGGGACUGCAGUGCAACGCUCGUAGCUUCGAUAUGGGUAAAACGAGAGGCGUGCACGAGACCACUCCGGAGAUCCGCAACCGCAUGGUGGGCAUGUACGAGGCUGGCCUCGGCCUCAAGGACAUCGCCGCCGCCGUCAACUGCUCGCAAAGGACCGUCAAGAGGUGGCUGAACAGAUUCGACCGGGAGGGCAACGUGGACACGCGAGAGCGCUGCGGACGCAAGCGAGCCACCACCCACGAGCAGGACGAGGCGAUCGUGCGGCUGGCCACGCAGACGCCCAUCACGGCCGCCAAAGCCGUGCUGCCGGCUCUGGGACUCAACUGCUCCGUGGACACUAUUCGGGAGAGGCUGCACAAGGCAGGCAUUCACAACUGGAGUCCGUCCAGGAAGCACAUCCAGAAGAUACCUAUCGCCGCCACGGAUGGGCCGGGCAUACAGCAGGCGGUCUGGCGGCCGACCGGAACGCAGCUCGGCAAGAAGAAGCCGGCGAGAGAGGCGACGAGGGGCAGAGCCGGCGGCGGGCCCCGCUCGAAGAAGAGAGCGGCGCCCCGGCGGGCCAAGCCGCACAAGGCGCUCGAGGCGGACGGGGCCCCGGGCGCGGCGGCGCACCGCCAGCAGGCCGACUUCUCGUUCGCGAGCGGCCCGCCGGCAGACGACGCGCAGGCCCUGCUGACGGCGGUGCCGCCCGAUCCCGGCCAGUUCGGCCGUCCGGCGGACCUGCAGCCGCAAUCGCAGCCAGCGUACCAUCGGCAGCCGCCCGGUAUCAUCGGCGCGCCCCGGACCUGGCCGCUCGACCUCGGCCACGGCGCCCACCACCACUACGCGCAGAGCGCCAUGCACCACGAGCAGCAGGCGCCCGUGCACGUCCAGGCCCAGGCGUCGAUGCACGCCCACCACCACGCGCAGGACCGAGCGCAGGACCGAGCGCAGGGCCCGAUCCCGGCGCAGCACUGCUGCGACCUACCUGGCCAGAAGCUCGACGACCACCGGCUGGGCUUCGCCGAGGAGCAGCCUCGGCGAGAGGACGUGUGCUCCAAUUCGAACGCCAGCUCCAACGGCAACAGUCGGCAUUCGAGCGGCGCCGACGACGACGCGAGCAGUGACAACAACGGCCGCCCCGACAGGUCUAGAAAGGCGGCGAGCAGGAGCAAGACGAAGAAGGGCGGAAAGGUCAAGGGCACCCUCGAGACGAGCGUGGAAAUUCGGAAUCGCAUGAUCGGCAUGUCCGAAGCUGGACUGUCGACUCUGUCGAUCGCGCUCGCGAUCAACCGAUCGGAGCGAACCGUGAAGAGAUGGCUCGACCGCUGGCACAAGGAGGGCAACGUUCAAACCAAAGAGAGGAAGGGCCGCAGGCGCAUCACCACCAAGGAGGAGGACGAUGCCAUUGUCGCGCUGGCCACUCAGCAGCCACUGACCGCGGCCAAGCACGUAGCGCCUGCCCUUGGACUCAAGUGCAGCGUCGACACGAUCCGAGAAAGAUUGCACAAGGCGGGAAUUCACAGCUGGAAGCUAGGCAAAAAGCAGGGGCUCGGCAAUGCCGUGCACACGGUGCACCUCUGGCAACCCAGCGGCAACAGGUCCAGCAAAUUGAAGAGCUCUGCAAGCAAAAGAAGGAGGGCGUCCGGCAGGAAGGGCAAUCCAAGCGCCGAGGACGCGUCCAAGCAGCCGGGUAAAAGGACGAGCGACGAGGCGCCUCCGGAGAUAGCCCCGCCUGCCACAACCGCGAUCCACCAAGAGCCAAGUUUGCAGUUCCAAAAUCAAGCGCAAUCUCCGCCGAUGAUGCAAGCGACGCACGAGCUGGCCACCGCCACUUCGGAGUUCAUGCAGCCCAGACAGCACAUGCAUGCGCCGCCUAUGUGCCCUCAAGCAACUUUAGCGCCGCAAGCGCUGCAAACCGUGGGACCGAUAAUGCAACCGCGCUCGGACUGCAGGUUGUCGCUCUCUGCACUGGCACCGCCGAUCGCCAGCCAGGCCAGCGCCAACAUUUCUUACUCUUCGUGCAUGCUGGGCAAUAGCGGCCAUCCGACUCACGCGGAGCAAGUCGACCCAAUGAAUUACGAGCCGUACAUCUGGAGCUUUUAAGUCGCGCGACAGCUUCGGAAUGUUCACAACGGUUUAGCUCAUCGUACAGGCAAAUUCAAACUUUGCCCUUUCCAGAUCCUGCCCAGGACUACCAUUUUCAGAGUACUCAUAUCAAACGUACAUAGCCUCUCUGGAUAGUACAAUGUAAAAAGAACAUUUUUUUAUCGUGUCUUCCUGCACAGGGACACCAUUUUUCCAAGUGAAUUUCUUCAUAACUGCCACGCAGAACGUUGUAUUUGACAUUCAAGUCACUGGCGAGUAAUUCUAGUUGAAUAUUGUGAUUUUUUUAACGUAAUAUAAGAAGCGAUUAAUUAAUUUAUAUUCUAUCUAAAAAUAAUAAUUAAACUAUGCUUUAAAUUAGCAUUACAAGUUUAAGCUUCGAAACGAAUGACGCGUUAUAGCGCAAUUAUAUAUAAAUAUAUAUAUAUACAUAGAUAUAUGUAUAUUUUUAUAAACGAUAUCAAAUUUUUAAAAUGCAAUGUGUCUCGCAUCUCCUUAUAUAUAUACAUAUAUAUAUAUAGCGUUACUCGUACAAAUGAAAAUUACACUUCGAAUAAAUAUUAAAUAAUUAUAUAUUAUUAGUUGUAAGCGAAGUCGGUAAAGUUUUUUUUUCUACGAACAUUCCUACGUGUUUUAUUUUUUGAUGAUCUCACAUAGCCCAUUAUAAUAAAUAUUUUGUGAUUUUGAAUGCAUGAAUGUAUAGUCAAAGACGGUGUCACUGAUAUUUUUCACCUCUUUAAUAAAUGAUAUUUAUGAAUCAAUUAUAUUAUUUUUAUAAUUUUUCAUUUAUAAUUGUAAAAUAAAUGACUUGGUUUCUUAAAAACUA